GACCGAUUUCUCUUCCCAUUACUAUAAAUUCUCCACCUCCUUCAUCCCGAUUCAUCAUCAGAAAUCACAUAAACUCGCAUCAUUCAAUCAAUCGCACACAUAAAUUCUGUGAUUAGAAGUAAAAAUGUCUCUGAUUCCGAGCUUCUUCGGGCGCCGCAGCAGCAACGUCUUCGACCCAUUCUCUCUGGAUGUAUGGGAUCCCUUUCAGGACUUUCCUCUCUCCAACAACUUCCCUUCCUCCGCCCGUGAAACCAGCGCGGUGGCCAACGCCCGCAUCGAUUGGAAGGAGACGCCGGAGGCCCAUCUCUUCAAGGUUGAUGUUCCUGGACUGAAGAAGGAAGAAGUGAAGGUUGAGGUUGAAGAUGGUGGAAUUCUGCAAAUCAGUGGAGAGAGGAGCAAGGAGCAGGAAGAGAAGAAUGACAAGUGGCAUCGCAUGGAGAGGAGCAGUGGCAAGUUCCUCCGCCGCUUUAGGCUGCCGGAAAAUGCCAAGCUGGAGCAGGUGAAGGCGGCCAUGGAGAAUGGGGUGCUGACGGUGACGGUGCCAAAGGAGGAAGCCAAGAAGCCAGAAGUGAAGGCUAUUGAUAUCUCUGGUUAAUUACAUGAUUAUGUUUCAGCUAUUGAUAAAUUUGUGAAAUGUUAUUUAUUAGUUAUACUAUGAUAUUAAAAGAGUGAUAUUGAACUCAUAAAUGAUGAGAAAUUUUAAUACCGAGUGCGAGUGUAUUGAUUCUUGAA